AUGGAAAACACGCAUAUUAAAAGUGAAGAACCACCCUCUGUGACUUCCAACAAUGAGACUGCCACCGUUGCUGCUUCAACAGACAAUACUGUGACUAGUAGUAGUCCCACCUCCACUUUCCAACCAUUUCAACAGCUUCACGAGGCUGUUUUGGCUGCUGUCAAUAGUAACUCGGCCACACUGCCUAGUAGUUUCUUAUCGGCCGCAGUUGCUGCUGCUCAGGCCAAUAAUGUAGCUAUCCACCCCCAUCCUCAACAAAUCGAGUCUGCUCUAGACCACACAGGUCUUGACCAACACCAGCAACAACAACGUCAUGUUCCCGAUAUCGAUAUCGCAAAGAAAGAGAGUAUACGUGCUUCUAACAGGGAAAGAAAAAAGAAAUGGCGUAUUCAUAAUGAAGAACGAAACAAAGACAAUGAUUUAAGAUGCAGAGUGAACAAAAGAGCCACAAAACUAUAUGGUCCUAGUGACUCGCCUGCAAAACAGAAAUGGAUCAAUGAAGAAUUUGAAAAACGUCGUCAAAAGCGUAUGGAAAAAGAACGUAGAAAGCAUCUUGUCAAUAAUGUCUUGAGUGUUCCUAGUACUACCACACCUUCAGGUGACGCUGAAGCAAACAAUCGAGCUCAUGCUGCGGAUAAUAAUGGUGACAAUGUCCAAAUGUCUGGCAUUGGUCAAAUUCCUAAUUACUACACACCUUUACCUCAGAUUGACACAGCCACAGCAGCCAAAUUACUGGAUUUCCCAACAGACUUACAGCGUCAAUUGCUAGAACAAUUAAAUAAUAGCAUGCUGGCUCUUACGAACGGUAUCCAACAAGCUGCAGCACAGCCUGGUGAAAGUUCCACAGACAACAACACAAAUGAAACGAACAAUGAAACACAAAUAAACCCAACAAGCCAAUUUCCAGACAACGCAGUGACCAAUGAAGCACUUCAACAAGUGAUUGCACAAGGCUUAUCGACAAACACAACAAGUGCUGCCAGUAGUAGUGGACAUAAUUCGCCCAUGCAAUACUCAGCCACAACAAACACAAGUAAUGACAUGCCAGAAAUCAAAGAAGAAGGCGGCCCCAGUACUCAUGUGGAUGAAACCCCCAAAGAAGAAGGCGAUAAAGAAACGAAAGAAGAGGAAACAAAAGAAGGAAAGAAGCCCGAAUAUCCAAUGGAUGCUGUUCUUACCUUGAUGCAAUUAAAUGCAGGAUGGCGACAAUAA